UGUGGUGGCGGAGGCUCCCCCCUUCGGCUGGGCAUCGCCACGAUCGUUCAUGAUGGGGCCCUCUCUCAUGUCUACGGCCCUUCUACAAGGGACCCGAGGAAGCGGGUUCAGCUGCAAUGGCUGGUCCUAUCUCAGCAACAACCAUCAUUUCCCACUGUCGACAAGAGACCCGCUACCAACCCUCGAUUCGAUCGCACCGUCAUCAUCGCUCUGUACACUCUCUCCAGCGGUGAUCGACAUAUGGGCAAGUGCAGAUGACACCCAGCAGCACAUGUUCGGUGGCACCCUCUCCUCCCCACCAUGCUCCUCGGUCUCUCUUUCUGCGUCACCAUCACCACGGCCUGCGUCUUUGUCGGCACCCAUCCCUUCUUCGAGUGUAUCGCCCCUUUUGCCAGAUUUAACGUCGAUGAAAGCCAUCAUCCACUCUCCGUUGAUGGGGGUCCACGACGAUUCUCCAAGCCCGAUGGAUGAUGACGAUGGCCAAGAGCAGCAUGACCAUCGACACAAUUCCCGGGAUCGGAUUGGGAGAGCACACUCCCACAUAGGAGGAUCGGCAACAGCUGCGGCCGCCAUCAUUGGUGUUGAUCAGACUGCGGCCGCAGGCUUGUCAAGACGAGCUGCAUCCCCUCUUGCUGAGACAUCAACAAGUACUUCGCGGUCGAUGCAUUGUAGCGAAUUUCCACCGAGAUCGCCGCGCGUGGGCACUCCUCCGCCAUCCUCAGCCUCUGCCUGCGUUGUUAGGUCACACCUGGCAAAAAACAUGCUCCCUCGUCAGCAGCCCCGAACAGCCCCGAUCUCGUCUAUGACUCGCGCGACAGCAUCCUCCAUGGCAGCCGAUGCCGCCAAUGCGGUGGUGGAGAACACCUCCAGGGGGGUAGAGGAAAAAGAAGGUGGUCUUAGUCUGCCCCCACAAGCGAGCUCGACGGAUUGCAUUGCAAUGGACAGCAGCUGUGGCGAUCAUGACUCAGAGGCGAAGUUCAGCUCGAUCACAGCCGCUGAUCUAUCCGCUGAUCUGCAAGAGAGUAUGCUGCCGGCAACGGCAAGGACGCUUGGCAUGGUGGUCCAUAGCCAUAGCCAUAGCCACGAGGUGACGACCCUUUGCAGUGCUUCGUUGUCCGACACCAGCGGACACCUACUCUCGCAGUCGAGGGCUGAUGCUGGGCCAUUAAUGCCGCAGACAUCAGUGGUCCAUAGCCAUAGCCAUCCGGUGGUUUGCGGCAACGACAGCGGCUCGGUUCAAAUGAUGGUCCCGUCAUUGCGGCACGAGGUUUCGAACCCCGGCAGUACGUUCAUGGACAGCCUACCAUGUGUCCCCUUGGAGAAGGAUGUUCAAUGGGACCUAGGUCCCAUAGGUCCCAUAUCCGGUGUCCCAAACGAUGUCAUUUGGGACUUCUUCAUUCAUGGGUUGGUGGACAGCAACCCACUGGCAGGCUUGCCUUCGCACGUUGAACCGGAUGAUGUCAUGCCGGAGGCAACCGCUGCCGCCUCUUCCUUGAUGUCAACGCCUCCCUCAUUCGAAGUUUCGAACCCUUGUGGCUUAACAAAACAAAACCUUCCCCCUUGUCCUGAACUAGGAGUCAACUUCCCCACCUCCCGCGCCGUGAAGGUUGAUCGUCGACCCUCUGCUCAACUCGUAACGAGAGAUUUCACCCCUCCUCACACCGUCACCGUGAGGGCUGAAUGUGAAGGGUCCAUCUUGGUUGAUCCCAUUGGCAGCAUCUUUGUCAGACCUGCAGCGCCGGCAUCAUCGUCAGAGAAUCCGACGGCGAAGUCCUUGGAUGAACAGGUUGCAGAGAACACCAGUCUGCUUGGCUACCAGUCUCGACCUUAUGUUCCGGAAGGGCGGCGAGCAUUGUCUACCGCUGAUGGGCAGAGGAUCCUACCUCGUACCCUUGCUACAGAAGCGACGGGCAAGCGGGGGGGGGUUGGGGGGACGACAGGUGGUGACCAUUGUCAGAACAGCAACAUGGACGUCAGAAAUUACUCGGAUGCAUCGACAACGCCCUUUGUGACAAGUGUAUGUGACCUAGGUCCAUCUUCGCAAUGCAUGGGGGGCAGCCCAGGGCCUGUGAUGAUGGAAGGAGGAGCAACGACGCGUGCUGCGACUGGUGCUCCCUCUGACUCAGCGGCGGUCAGUAGCUCCAUGCAGCUCCACGUCGACCACAUCGACCCCUGCCAUCUGGCAAUGCCACAUUCAUCAGAGCUCAGCCAGUGCUGCUCAAUCAGCAGUAUGCCCUCCAGCAAGAGUACAGCGACGGCAGCAGUGCUCCCCAUGCUCGUUUCCAUGGACGCACACACAUCACUGGGCUCUUCCGGAGGGACGUGCUGCAUGGACAACAUGCCAACCGAGAUCGUAACCCGGGUGUGCAGCGACGGCAGUAUACUUCUUCCUGUCGGAGGGCGAAUGAUCGCCAGUGACAAUCCGCAAGCAGGACCACCUCUUCCUCCUCCUCCUUCAACGGGGAGCGUUAUGCAAGAGGGCGAGGACCGACCCAAUUCCAAUGACCCACCAUUAACAGUCGUUGCCGUGCCACCACCUCCACUGCCUCCAGCAGCGAUCAACACUGUGCAAGAAGAUCUUGUCGGCUUUCAGACGAUCAUGGAUGAACUUAUCACUGUCACUACAUCCAGCCCGUAUCAUCCUAAUCAGAGCCACGUGAUGCAUCAUAAUCAUGCGCAAUGUAUCACCUCUUCGCAGAACACACUGGCCAUGAUGACAGUAAGGCAGAUGAGCAGUGUGGCAGCUGAGCUGGCAGGCCUGGCACCCGCCACAGCGGCAUCCAUUGCAAUGCUGGACUCCCUGAAAAAGCGGUCCAGAGAUGAAUUUGAACGAGGAAAUGGGGGAGCACAUCCACCGCUCACCGUGCUAAGCAGGCUAGAUCCUUCAAGCCAGCAGCAAAGCGUAUCUGUCUCGGAACUGAUGGAUUAUUCGAUGGCGAACUAUGGCGGCGGCGGCGGAUUUCCGUGCCGGGUCCCAUCCAACGGUGGAGAUGUAGCGGGAAUUAGCGUCACCGAACUUCCCUCAGCAAAGACGCGAUUCAAACGGCCACCAGCAACAGACCCUCAGAGCGUUGCAGCUCGGCUUCGGAGGGAACGAAUCAGUGAGAGGAUUAGAGCGUUGCAGAGGCUAGUUCCAAAUGGCAACAAGGCAGAUACAGCCUCUAUGCUUGAAGAAGCCAUUGAGUAUGUCAAAUUUCUUCAGCUGCAAGUUCAGAUGCUGAGUGUGACUGUUGGCUCAGAGAAUGACAACAGCGAUCUGAACGUAGCAGACGGGCCUCCAGACACACGGGACAAUGCGGAGCUAAGGAGGCCUCAGAAGGUUGCUGAAGUCCUACCCGCUCCUCUCCAACCUGAGAGUUGCUGUUGUUGUUUGUGUUGUUCUUCAUGUGUUGUUCUUGUUCUUGUUCUUGUUUUUGUUCUUGUUCUCGCUGCUGCUGUUGCUGCUGCUGCUGCUGUUGCGGCUACUGUUCUUGCUGUUGUCGGUGUUGUUGCUGUUGUUGCUGCUGUURCUGUURCUGUUGCUGUUGUUGCUGCUGUUACUGUUACUGUUGCUGUUGUUGCUGCUGUUACUGUUACUGUUGCUGUUGUUGCUGCUGUUACUGUUGUUGCCGCUGUUGCUGCUGUUCCUGCUGUUGCUGCUGUUGCUGUUGUUGCUGCUGUUGCUGCUGUUACUGUUACUGUUGCUGCUGCUGUUGCGGCUGUUACUGCUGCUGCUGUUACCGCUGCUGUUACUGUUGCUGCUGUUACCGCUGAUGUUGUUGCUGCUGUUACUGUUACUGUUGCUGUUGCUAUUGUUGCUGCUGCUGUUACCGUUACUGUUGCUGUUGUUGCUCCGGUUGCGGCUGUUACUGUUGCUGUUGUUGUUGUUGCUGCUGCUGCUGCUGCUGUUACUGUUGCUGUUACUGCUGCUGCUGUUACCGCUGUUGUUACUGUUGCUGUUGUUACCGCUGAUGUUGUUGCUGCUGUUACUGUUACUGUUGAUGUUGCUAUUGUUGCUGCUGCUGUUACCGUUACUGUUGUUGUUGUUGCUCCUGUUCCGGCUGUUAUUGUUGCUGUUGUUGUUGUUGCUGCUGCUGCUGCUGCUGCUGCUGUUGCUGUUGUUGUUGCUGUUACUGUUGCUGUUGCUGUUACUAUUGCUCAACAGCAACAAGAACAGCAACAGCAAAACCAGAUGGUGAACCUGGAACAAAAAACGGACGACCAGGUACAGCAGAUGAACCAGAGGGGAAACCUGCAGCCAGGCCAGAAGCAGAGCCAAGAGGAGCCGAUGGUAGUGUCAAGACAAUGGCCGACAAGUGGUCCCCCACCGGCGUUGGAUCAGCUAUUAGAUCAUACGGUGGCGGCGGAGGCUUGUCGGUCUCAUCCCCAAGAACGCAUCGUUUAGGGAUUUUUCCACACCAAGCUGUUUUCUUUACAGGUGCAAAUAAAAAAAAGACUAAGUUAAAACUGGGAAACGCAGGCUGCACGAGGCACACUGGCAACAACCGGCAGACUUCCGGAGUCUUACCUUAUCUUCCAGCUAGGCACACGGAGAGGAGGAGAGAGCGGCUUACAGAAAGCCCGAAAGUUUAUUUGAGGGAUUUAGUGCAGCGGGCCACCAUAGCUGCAGAUGGAGAGGGGCAUGCAGUGGCCGCCAGAGCUGCACCACAUCCCGCGGAUUGAUUGAUACAUAUCUGCCUCCCGAGUCGAUGACCGAUCACCAAGUCUUAGAGCGAAUUUGACAGACCAAGAUCACACUCUGACUGUGCAGAUCGAUGACAUUGUUUGGGAAGAAGCUCAACGUCGCUUGAUCAAACGAAAAUAAAUGAGAGGGAGACAAAACAAGGAGGUUGGAGCCUGGAGGAGAUUUGGUAGCAGGAGGAGGCGGAGGCGGAGGCAGAGAUUGUACCAGACAUUCAUUCAUUCCCGCUCGGUCACUUACGGCAAGACUCAAUCGAAUCCAAGGACGGAGAUUUCGCCAACCAUUCAUCCACAUUGAAGCAGCAGCAGGAGGAGGAGGAGGAGGAGGAGGCAGAGAUUGUGCCAGAAAUUCAUUCAUUCCCGCUCGGUCACUUACGGGAAGACUCGAUCAAAUCCAAGGACAGAGAUUUCGCCAAACAUUCAUCCACAUUCGCCCAUGUUCGAUCGGUUAUGCCAACGUUUGAUCGGAUAAAAGGGUGAAAGAAGA